AUGACCACUACAUCGCUAAACCAGACCUGGGUUUUGGAUAAGGCGGUACUGGUUUAUGCACUUGAUUUUGAUGUUUCUUGUUUUGCUCGCAUUCGUGUUGCCUUUGAUGCAAAUACCAACCAAGGAUCUAUCUCCCUGAAUGUUAAGGCAGAUCUCGCUAACCUGAGCGGCAAAUCGCAGGAGCUAAAAUUGAACGUCCCUCCCGAAGUAGUCGAAACCUGUAAAUUGUCCCGGAAAAGCAACGAUGGCCUCUGUCCAUCUGGUUUGGUUUCCAUGCUUCCAACGCCUGUUACCCAUGUUUCGGCCGCCUCAACACUGGAAUUGACUCUGAACGAGACCGGCAUUGUUCUUCGUCCAGCUAGGAUGAAGUUUUUAAGCCCAGCCAAACCAGGAGACCUGAAUUUCUACGCAUUUGCAAGAGUCUGUCAAUCCAAACUUCUCCGUCUACACUUUGCCAGACGACAAUUUGCGGUGAAAGAACUUAAUCAGCUGGAAACUUUCUCGGUUGCCCUGCAGAAAAGAAGCGUUCAGGCAGAGACUUUUGACUACGAUCGCCAUGGCUUGGCGCAGACAGACUGGCAUGCCUUUAAGCUGUCGCAUGAGCCACCCCCAGAUUAUGACGACGAGCAGGUGGAUCAAGUGGAUCCACCCCCAUAUCCCGUGUCCAGGAAUGGCAAACGGCUCAGGUCAAUGUCAUCUGGCGAGGAAAGACGAACAAGACCGCUCCUUUCAUCCCCUCUAUCGCUAGAUUCUCCCACCGAAGUCGAUCCAUCGAGUCCAUGCUCUACUUCGCCGGCCUCAAUCUGCCCAACUGACUUCAAACAUGCUUCCUCUCCUGGUCUUACAAAACUUAGCAGACUUGACCAUCUGGAGAAUGAGCUCCGUGAUGUUUCCGAUGACCAACUCUGCAAACUAUUGAUUCGAUUAGGAAAGCAACAUCUCCUGGCCAAUGUAGUCAGCUUCCUGCCAAGCGAGUCUGGAAACGAGUCUGAGCAGAUCAGAUUUGCCACUUUCAAGAGUUUUGAACGCCGCCUCGAACAAUAUGUUAAUGGCGAGAUUGACCGCCGCUUCAAACAAUUUGUUAAUAAGGCCGUGAGCGAGUGCUGUGAUCAGGUGCUUGAUCAGGCGCUUGACCAACACAAAACGAACGCAGCCGAUCUUGAUGACCAGGUCGAGGAUGGUAAGACCGACUUGUGCAAUGCGACCAAUGACUUUAUGAAGGACCUGGAAGAAGAAGCGCAAAAGCACAAAGAUGAAAUAGAUGAACAGGGGCAACAAUGCCUGGAUGUUAUCGAGAAUCGGGCGUUCGAGGUUGAGAUGUCUACGCAGAAAGCAAUCACAAAGCUUGAGCGCUGGUUCAAUGCUUCUGCCCAGUCCUUACUUGAUCGUAAGUCAAGCACUAGCCAGGAGUCGGACGUUAUUGUUGUUAGACGCAGUUCCAUUUAG